GUUUCAUCAAUUAAUCGGGUUUUACGAAAUUUAGCAGCACAAAAAGAGCAACAGCAACAAACGCCAUCGUCUAAAAAUAGAGAUUUAUUAAAUAGUUGCACAUCGACAUCAUCAAAUAUUUUAAAUAAUGCCUUAAUGCAAGGAACAUCUCAAAUAAAUUCAAUUGAAAGUAAUGGAUGUGAGUCUAAUAAUAUUCCUCAGUCUGCUCCUGUGUACGAUAAACUACGAAUAUUGAAAAAUCAUCAUCAACAACCACAGUUAAUGGCAUCACAUCAUACACAUCCAAUGCACUCAUUAGUAUCAAACCAAACGUCGACGAAUCAGUGUUGGCCACCACAUUCUCAUAACACAUCAUGGUACUCUCCGCCUCCAAGUGGUAAUGAUUCACCUAUUCCAACAGCUGUAUAUGGAAGCCAUUCAUCAAGCCCGCAUCACAAUUCAUGCAGAACAUCUCCAAAUGGUGGAGCUAAAAUUACUGGUGUCUUAAGUAAUUCUACAAUUAACUCCGAAGAAGUAAUACUUAAAAAAGAGCACGAUGAACAUCAUUCUGAUGAAAUAAAAUCAGGAGAAGGCGAGCUAUCCAAUGAAGAUAGCCUUAAUUUAAGUCCACAUGAUGAAGACCAGGCUCGACUUAUUUUAAAACGUAAAUUACAAAGGAAUCGCACCUCUUUCACAAACGAGCAAAUAGAUUGCUUAGAAAAGGAAUUCGAGCGCACACAUUAUCCAGAUGUUUUUGCCCGCGAGAGAUUAGCAAGCAAAAUUGGUUUGCCUGAAGCCCGUAUACAAGUUUGGUUUUCCAACCGACGUGCCAAAUGGCGACGUGAGGAAAAACUUCGUAAUCAGCGAAAUACGCCAAAUACAACGAACGCUAAUUUACUUACAUCAACAUCAACAUUAUGUGAAAGUUCAAAUAGUUUAGGGGCGAAUUCAACAACAAUAACUACCUGUAAUGGCAAUUCGACGUCAGAUAUUGUAUCUCCAUCACCACUUAUAAGUUUGACGCGUUCCUCAUCAGCUCUUGGCGGAUCUGUAGCGAACUGUUCUCCAUCGACAGGUACACCUGAUAACUUGCAAAACUCUACAGGAAGCAGUAGUAAUAAUAGUAAUUCAGCUGAAAUUUCUGUGAGUUCAGAAAAACCGUCUGGGAGCACAACUUUAUUGGGUAUUGGUAAUGUUAACAGUACUAUACACUCCGCCACACAAACUAGUGUAAAUAGUUCGCUGCUGCCUCCUCUUUCACCGCAUUUAAACUUUAAUAGCAAUUUUGGAAGUACAAUUAAUUCAUUAUAUCCCUCAAUGCAUCAUCAUACGAUGGCUGUAUCGGACACCUAUAAUUCAUUGUCAUCCUUCACUCAAAUGUCGUCAUCACUAGGUCAACAAAGGGAAUUAACUCCGCCAUCGCUAUACCAGUGUCACAUGUCAUUGCGACCACCGACGCAUCAUAAUAUAGGAAAUUCAUUUGGAAACACUUCUUUAUCAAUUGGAAAUAAUAGUAAUAAUCAACACGUAUAUUAUGGAAGUGGUAGUGAUUCUAUAAGUGGAUACCCUUCGCAUGUAAUUGGAGAAAAUAUUUCAAUGCCUAACCCAAUAACCUGCAAUGCUGAUUUUAACCGUGAAACCUCAGCCGCUAAUCAAUUAAUUAAUUCAGGAACUAGUGAUAACUUAUCAAAUUCAUCGUAUAUUCAACUAGGAUAUAAUUCUUCUGCAUCUAGUACAGUUGCUGCAUCCUCGAUUAGUUCUAAUAAUGGCAACAGUGCGACGGGUAAACAGCAACAGUUCUUUGCAUCUUGCUUUUACUCACCUUGGGUUUAAAAAUCUAAAAACUUAUGUACAUCGGUUUAUGACUAAACAUUGA